UCUCCCAGCCACGUGACGAUCUGAUGACGUCACGACUGUCAACAGAGAUCAGCUGAUCGCGUUUGUCGUCGUGGGUAACCAAGUUCCGUUGCCAUUGCAUUAAUUACAUCGUUAUAUUGUGGUUUCUGUAAAUUGAUAUUAGCUUCAGAUACUAUCAUUCGGGAGAAUGAGUGGCCUCCAAGAACUCCGUGCCGCUGGUCUUGUCAUCUAUCGCUGCAUAGCUACGGAGAUACAGUACCUCUUGAUGCAGGCGUCAUAUGGAGACCACCACUGGACCCCUCCGAAAGGCCACGUUGACCCGGGAGAAUCUGAUUUGGAAACGGCUCUGAGGGAAACGCAAGAGGAGGCUGGCUUGUCUCGUAGUGACUUUACGUUACUUGAUUCCUUUAAGAAGGAACUAAAGUAUGAAGUGCGAGGGAAACCCAAAACCGUCAUUUACUGGUUAGCCAAAAUAAACGACGGCAAAGAGGUUACCUUAUCGGAAGAGCAUCAGGAGUUCCGCUGGUUGCCCUUGGCCGAAGCUUGCAGUUUGGCGAAGUUUCCUGACAUGAUAUCCACCCUUGAAGAAUGCGAGGAAUUCAUCAAGAAAUACAAGCAAAAAUGAGGGAAUGUUAUUAUAUGUAUGUAAUAAGGCAAGCAAGGGAUGAUCGAGUCGACCAAGAGAGGAUUUCGACUCUCCCCCUGAGAAAAGAAAGAAAGAAAGAAACAAACAAACAAAGAAAAAAAAGAUAGAAAAAGAUGAUUUGAUAAGAACUGAUUAAAUUGUCGACUGUGAUAAUUCAGUGAUCUUUUUCCCCUUCAAAAUCAUUCAGGUAUAUUGCAUAUGUCUUUUAUUAUAUGUGGGUACUUGCUGUAAAAUAAAUAAAAUUGUGUGUACUUGAUGUACAGGAAAUAAAAUUUCGUUUUAUAUUUCUUUUUA